UGAAAUUAACCUAAAACAAAAAACACAGGUGUCAGGCAAACCUUGGUAUUAAUGACUUGGGGGGUUGGGAGCAUAUAAAUGGUCCCUUCCCUAUUGUCUGAAUCUGAUUAUGUGGACGGACUUCAACAACUUCUCAAUAACAGCAGUGGUUGGCAUCUUCGCGGGACAAGCAUGGAGUGGCAUCCCCUGGUUCGAGGCCGGGGCUGACCCCGGUGCUAUAGCCCCAUUCUCCUUCGGUUCGCUCCUUGGGAUCCAGCUCCUCCUGAUGGGUUGGGUAGAGAGCAAGAAGUGGGUUGACUUCUUCAACCCAGAAUCUCAGGCAGUAGAAUGGGCGACGCCAUGGUCGAGAACGGCUGAGAACUUUGCGAAUGCGACGGGCGAACAAGGGUACCCUGGUGGAAGAUUCUUCGAUCCUUUAGGUUUUGCGGGGACGAUUAAGGAUGGAGUGUACAUUCCUGACACUGAGAAGCUGGACAGACUCAAGGUGGCUGAGAUUAAGCAUGCUAGAAUUGCUAUGUUGGCCAUGUUGAUUUUCUACUUCGAAGCUGGUCAGGGAAAGACACCACUUGGUGCCCUUGGUUUGUAAAACCAUUACUUUAUUUUGUGUAGGUAACCGGGUUUUGUUUUUGGACGAUCCUCCAAUUUUAAAUCGAAUGUAAUCAAUCCAUCUUUUAUGGAACAUAUUAUCAAGGAGGCUUGAUUCGA